UAUCUUUAACUUAAAACUAGUAGAAAUUUUCAUAAUUUACAAAUAAAACAAAAUAUAUCCAAAUAUUCUAAUCAUGUCUGGAGGGACCCAAACAUGUUGUUUGUGUAAUGAAACAACCAUCAAUGAAUAUCAUGAAUUAUUUGGAACCAAUGAUAAAUCAAAUGCAGUUUUUAAUAUAGUAGAAACCUAUUUUCCAAAAGAGAUGCUGAUAGCAGAGAAUCCACUUGAAAAAAGUAUUAUAUGUUUAAAAUGUUGGAAUACCAUUGUCGAUUUCCAUGAAUUCAGAAGAAAUAUAUAUAAUGCUCACGAUAACUUUAAAUUAAAAAAUAACAAUCUUUUUCAUACUAAAAUAGAACAUAUUACUGAAGAUUUUGGCGAUUCUAAUGAAGGUCAAAUUGAAUACAAAACUAUAACGAUCAAAGAUGAAAAUGAUUUAAAUCAGCCAGUUAUCGAUGAUGUAGCAUUUAAUUUGUAUGAAAUUGUAGAAACGGUUGAGUCAAAUAGCAUGCAGGAUGAAAAUUCUAAAGCAUCAAGCCCGAAUAAAAAUGAAGAAAUGGAAAAUUUUAUUGCCGAUUACAUGCCAAAACUGGAGUGUCAUAAAUGUUUCAAAAUAUUCUAUAAAUUUUCUUUAUUACGGACACAUUUUAGGGAAAAACAUCCAAGACUUCAGUUUUAUGUUACUUGUUGUGAAAAGAAAUUUUCCGUACGUUCUUUGCUGGUGCAUCACAUAAAUCUCCACAUCAAUCCUGACCUUUACAAAUGCAUUAUUUGUGGCGAACGAAAGGCAACCCAACGAAAUUUAGACAAUCACAUGAGGAGCGUGCAUAAGAAUUCAAAGGAUACUUAUUUAAAUAGGAAUAAUCAGGAUGGAAAUAUAAAGGAAUCUCGCUUAAAAAAAAUAGAAGAACUGGACAAUUAUAUUAGUAAAAUCUUGCCGAUACUUAAAUGUUAUCAGUGUCGUAAGACCUUUAAAAAAUUCACUUUAUUGCGCCAACACUUUAAACAACGUCAUGCGAUGCUGCGAUUUUAUAUAAAUUGUUGUGAGAGGAAAAUUGCCCAACGUGCAGACCUGGCAAAGCAUUUACGACGUUUACACGUCGGUGACCGUAAAACAACACAACGAAGUUUAGAAUUACAUAAACAGCGCUUAUGUAAAAAUAAUGAGCCCAAAAAAGAGAGUAUUCCAUGUCCACAUUGCAACGAACAAUAUGCCUCAAUGAAAGAGUUGAACCAGCAUAUUAAACAGACUCACAAUGCAGACAUAAAGGAUUGUGAGACAAAACCUGCCGUUAUGAAUGCACGGAUAAACGCAAAGUCCAGAAAAAAAAUUACCUGCGAAAUUUGUAAUAAAGUCCUCUACGGUGUGGUUAAUUUGAAUAGACAUAAUGCAUCAAUGCAUCAUGAUGGUACCACCGAAUACAUUUGUAGCCUUUGUGGUAAAGUGUCGUACACUAAGACAGCCUUGAUGGCACAUAAAAGUAAUGUACAUGUUAAAGUUAAAAAGAAUUAUAAGUGUAGAGUGUGUGGAAAAGCAUUUAGCAAUUCACGAGACGUGGAGUGGCACAUGUCAAUACAUACAAAGGAAAAAUUGUCUAAAUGUCCGGAUUGUAAUAAAAAAUUUACGAGACCUUCGAAUAUGUUGAAUCAUCGCAAACGUACUCAUCCCGAGGAAUAUGAAAAACAUAGAAAAUCUACACCUAGAUUAAAGGUGGAUCCUGAAAAGAUUUCAAAGAUAAUUGUUUUGUAAUAAAGAUAUAAAAGUUUAAAGAUAACAUGUUCAUAAUUUGGGUAAACCAUAGUUGAAAAAUAUAAAGUCUAUGUUAUAGUCUAGUCCAUAGUCUAAUCUAUAGUCUAUUCUAUAGGCUUAUCUAUAGUCUAGGGUAUAAUAUAUAAUUUAUUAAAGUCUAUAGUCUAGCCUAUA